AUGGCCCGGGCGUCCCGCUCCGAUGGCCUGCCUCCGCUCGCUCCGGGGCCGCAGCCGUGGGCGCAGGCGGGAGCCGCGGGGGAGGAGCCGUGGGAGAAGAGGCGAGCGGGCGCCAUCGGCGGGGACGUUCGCGGCGAGCUGGGGCUGCCGGUGGCCGGGAGCCUCCCCUGCUUGGACCAGCGGCCCGGCGGAGCUGCCAGAGGGCAGCCGUGGUGGGCGGCGCCGACGGACAAGGGAGGCCACCAUGAGGCUGGCGCCGCCGACCCGAGGCAGGAGGCCGCCGCCGGCGGGCCGGUCCCUCCCGCGCUGCAGCGUCUCCGGGCCGUGUUGCUGCGGCUGCACCGCGAGCGGGAGCGGCUCCUGCAAGUGCGGGACUGCGCCCGCCACCUCCAGGCGGCCGUGCGCCUCCUGAGGAUGCUGGAGCCCGGCGCGCCGUUCCCGGGCCCGGACCCCUGGCCUCAGCUGUGCCGCGACCUGCUGCCGCCGCUUCCCCGAAAGGCAGCCCCGCGGACCGGCCUUGGAGAGACUCCCGAGCCGCUGCUCCUGGCGCGCCCCGUCGGACUGGCCGCCCAGCGCCUGGAUGCCGUCAUCGAGGCGCAGCUCCGCGCUCUGGGCCGGGCGCCCGCCAGCCGCGUCCUGUCAUCUCAGCUGGCGGACCUGCUGCUGGCGCUCCCCACCUACCAUCAGCUGCAGGGAAAAGCCUCACGCCACGUCCCGGGGGCCGCGCGCCCUUUCCCCCCGGGCCGCGUGCUCUGCCUCCUGGCGGAGGAGCGGGGUUCCCAGGUGGCUGGGCGGCUGCAGGAGGCGCUCAGGGGCUCGGGCUCGUGGGACCAGCUCCGCUCGUGGUGGUGUGAGGAGCGGGAGCUGCUGCUGGGUCUCUUGGGCUUGGUCGGGGGCGUGGCAGGUUCGGCCGGCGGUGGACCCGGGCUGGGUGGGGCGGGAGCCCUGUGGAGCCAGUACUGGACCCUGCUCUGGGCAGCCUGUGCUCAGCGUCUGGACCUCAGUUUGGGACCCUGGAGGGACCCCGGGGCAGCGGCCCCGGCACCGCCGCCGAGUCGGGGUGAGUGGUGGCCUUGGGCGGGCGUGUGGGAAGGCUGGAGCCCCCUCUCCGUUAGUCACCUCACUCACCUGCCAGCCUGCGUCCCUGCCUCAGGGAGUGUGAGAAAGGAGCUGGCUUCUCUGGUGUCACAGCCUGUUUCAUCAGUCUUCUUAUCCCGGAGCUGGGACCAAGUCUUCUGCCAAGCCUUGGGGUCUGCUGGUGAUCAGAGCCGCCUUUCCUCAUCCUCUCAGACCACCGAACUUCUGCAACAGCUCUUCCCUCCUCUCUUGGCUGCCCUUCAAGAGCCCAAGUCAGGGCUGCUCCUCUGUCAGCCUCCAGGCCCUGUACCCCUUGCCCUGGGGCUCUGCACCUUGCAGACAACCUUGCUCUGGUUUUGGGGCAGAGCUCAGCAGCAUCUGGCAGCAUGGGCCCCAGGUUCCUUCCUGCUCCUGAUCCAGAAGGACUUACCUCCUCUGUUACAUCAGGCAGAAGUUCUCUCUAGCCUGGCCUCAGAGGACAGCUUGGCCCUGGAGGUGGAGCAGCAGCUGGGCCUGGAAAUCCGGAAGCUGACAAUACAGAUCCAGCUCCUGCCUGAAGAGUCACUGAGUCUCUUUUUUCAACAAUGCUAUAAACAAGCGACACAGGGCUUCGAACUUCACAUGCCACGGGGUCGGUACUGGCGGCAUCGUCUUUGUCCUGAACUUCCCAGCAUUCCUAGUGAGUAUGCUGGGUUGGUGGUCCGCACUGUACUGGAGCCUGUAUUGCAAGGAUUGCAGGGUUUGCUACCUCCAGCCCAGGCCCCUGCCCUUGUCCAGGCAUUGACAGCCAUCCUGAGUGCCUGGCUUGACCACAUCCUCACCCAUGGGAUCCGGUUCAGCCUGCAGGGGACACUGCAGCUUAGACAAGAUUUUGGAGUGGUCCGAGAGCUGUUGGAAGAAGAGCGGUGGGGCCUGUCCCCUGAACUUCGCCAGAAUCUGCUCAUGCUCAACAUCUUCCAGCAGCUGGAUGGGGCCCUGCUGUGUCUAUUGCAGCAGCCCCUGCCCAAGACUCAAGUCCACAGAAGGCCUCCUUGUUGCUGUGCAUGUAAGGAGGUCCAAACCUCGGAAUUGCCCAGCAGCAGCCUCAACAGCCUGGAGAGCUUGGAGCCCCCUCUUCGGCCUGGAGCACCCCCAGCACAGACAGCUCAGCUGCUGAGCAUGCUUUGGGGUGGGGGACCUAGCCCCGAGGCUUACCUGGUGGGAAAUCAGCAGGCCUGGCUGGCCCUGAGGCAGCACCAGCGCCGCCCCUGGUGGCAACUGCCUUUUCUUUCCUGCCUGGAGACCAGUCCUGAACCCUAAGGAGUCUAAUCAGCAGUCAGGAAGUCAAUGCUCUGCAUUUCUGGCUGGGAAAGCCCAGACAUUGGAACUGCCUGUUAAAGAAGCCUACACCUGGAAGCUUGGAAGAAAACAUACGUGAGGACAAACUACACAGCCUGGGCUUACAAGCUGAGAAUCCAGGGUCACUCCAGUAUCUGGAAUCCAGAGUAAAUGGCAAUACCACAGCCUGGAGCCAGGAGGCUCAGGCCUAAUUCCCCAUCAGUGAAGACAUCUCGGGGCUAGACACUGGGAGGAGGGCCAUAGGGUUGUAUCCCAGAGGAAAGGGAAUGAGAAAAAGCUGCAGGAAACAGAGAGCCUAGAUGCCACUUAAGUGUCCAGAGUCAGACCAAACAUAAAGUUAGUACAUCAGGAACCGGA